AUGGUAGGCACAUCUAUAAUUACAGAAGAUAACAAAGGUCCGAUUGCAAUUCCGGUGGAAAAUGGCAAACGCAGAGAGCCAUUGAACGCUGUAGAUAGGGCACGGAUUUUAGAAGAUCCCAAUGAACGUUCAAAGAAGCCAUCAUCAAACAUAUCUGUUGCCUCGAAUAUCAUUUCGAAUACUUUAAAUUUACAUGGCAAACAGCAAACGGAGGAAAGAAGGAAAUUGGAGAAUCAACAGACAACGACAGGCAACUCAUGGCUAGAUAAAUUAAAUGCCAAAAACUUUGUCAAAGGUGGUGUUAUAGGUCUCCAAGAUGACACGGGUAGCUUGAAAACAUUAGAAGAUUUCAAAGAAACUGCUUCUGCAUCCAUACGUUCGAGCGCGGAAACGUCGACGGAACGUGACUCCUCGAGUAAAAACGAAAGAAGCGCAAAAUUGUUCUCGUCCGAUCCAGACAAACAGAGACGAUUCGAGCAAUAUCUUAUUUUCUCUAAAAACGAUGAAAGGAAUAAACUCGAGACUAUUCAACCACUUUCCAUGACCGAUUGGGAGAGAGAACAAGAACGUACGGAAUUCGAACAAGCGGCGAAGCUGGAGCAGUCGAAUAAUUAUAUGGUGGAUAAGUUUAUACAUAGCGCUGAUGCUGAUCACAAGAUGGACGAGACGGAUCCGGAGAAGGAUAUAAAGGAAGCAAUAAGACUGAAAAUGUUUGGCAAACUUACGCGAGAGCGAAGCGAAUGGAAGCCCGCGAGUAUUGUUUGUAAGAGAUUCAAUAUUCCCGAACCGAAAGUCGGUUGCGCUCCGGUCGCGACGGAUCGAAAAUCGGCGAGAUUCUCCGUUUUUGAUUCCUUAGAUUGGUGUAAUUCAUCCAAGUUCACGAAAGCUACGGAACAACAGCGAAUACAAGUGGAAGAAGCGUCUCUACUGUCAAAGAAAACAAAAGAGAAUGCAAACAAAGCAAUUUCCGAUACUGAUAAUAUUUCGUCGAAUGAUUACCAAUCUUCAGAGUCCGUUUCCGAGAAAUUUAAAAUCUUCGAAGCUUCCUACGAGAAAGUUUUUGGCAAGGGUAUUCUUUCCACAGCAUCGGAAAAUGUUAAACAAGACGUGAGCGAUAAUUUAAAGGAUAAAACAAUCCAAGAAGUAGGAAAUAAGCAAGAAAUCGGAUCGGAAACUGCAGUUAAAGAUCAAUCAAAUGAGAAGAAGGAUUUGUUUAAGGCAAUUUUCCUUAGCAGCAGCGAAGAUUCCGAGGACAGCGAAUCGGAAGAAAAUGUUGACAACGAAAUGGUCAAGUCGAUCUUAAUCGGGAAAGAUCCGAAAGAAAUAAACACCCAAAGAAAUAUGUCGCCGCCGCGCGGUAUCUUCGCAAAAUUGGAUCUUGAUAGCUUGGUGGUGCAUCCAAAACAGGUUAAUGACGAAAGUACAGCUUCCAAGAUUUCGGAAACCAGUUUACCAACGUCUGAUGAAAUGCGAAACAAUCUCGCGGAUUGUAAUGAUGUAAUCGAUGCUGCGGAGGCCGCGAUACCACCAGAUAUGUACGGUCCGAUUCUGCCACAAAGGUUGUUAAAGCAGGAAAGUAUUGCGACAACAGAGGCCGGCAGCACGGACCAAUCGCUAAAGCCAGUAUUUCGCAGUGUCGUGGUAUCAAAAACUGCGGAUUCGAUACCCGGCGGGAAAUGGGUAGAACGGGACAAGGCGAAAAAAUUAAAGAAAGAAAAGAAGAAGCAUAAACAUAAAGAUCAUAAGAGCCCCAAGCACAAGAAAAAAUCUAAGAAAGAGAAACGUUCGAAACAUUAAUUUCUGUUUAUUUUUAUCCCUAAUUCCAAGCUUCAUAUUGUGAAACGAUUUACAUGUUAAAAUAAUUGUACAUAAAGACGUCCGAGCUUCUAAAACUCACGCUCCACUAAAACCGUAUUAUUUUAUAGUGAAUUUCAUUAAACACAUAUGCACUUAUUUUUCUAUAUAUAUGGUAGGCACAUCUGUAAUAUAGACUGAGAAUAUAUAAUAUUUGACUUGAGUUCUAUAUUUGAAUGUCUUAUAUGCUGCUGGUUGCGCGAAAUGCAAUGUUAGCUGUUCGUUUUGGUUAUAAAGACUGGUAGUGAAAACUUUCUGGUGCAAAUGGCUUUAAAAUAAAUCAAUAACUUCUAGAUACAGCCCCAGGUAACUUUAUAUAUUAUAUUUUCCAAAUGAUUGCGUAUUAUACACGUGUAUAAGGAUAUGUACAUAUGUUUUACACUCACUUAUGAUCAUGCACGGAUCGUUUUCGAUUUGCGUGCUUUUCUGUGAAAAAAUUACAUAAAGUGAAUGAAUUAAAUAGAGACUACUUAUACUGGAUAUUAAGACGACAUAGAUGACAAGGAUUAAAUAAAUCUAUUGUGUUCUCG